AUGCCCCAAGACCCCCAUCUCUACGGGCAGCGGCCGGCGAAGAAGCAGAAACGAAAUGCGGCUCUGUCAACAUCCAUCGACUUCAAGGCGCAGCUCACGUCGCUCAUCUCCACGGCGGCGUCCUCGGGGACAACAUCGGGGCGAACGAGACCGUCGAAGCAGCCAAAGGACGACAUAUUUCGCAGCCGAACGCAGAGGCCGGCUGCGCAGCAUGACGAGACCAACAAGCUGGCGCUCAAGGAGGUGACGGGUACGGAGGAGGAAGCGCAGCAGCUUGCACGAGCAAGACGCAAGAUGGAGGACAAGGCUCGGCGGUACGCCGCCAUGAAACGAGGAGACUACGUGCCGACGGAGAACGAAGCAGAAUCGCUCGUCGACUUUGACAGGAAAUGGGCCGAGCAGGGCGGGCGCGACGCCGGGUACUCUACGACGACGAGCUCGGACGAGGAAGAGGACGGCGACGCGGCCGAGGAGACGAUCGAGUGGAACGACGAAUUUGGACGACUUCGGCGGGGGACACGGGCCGACAAGGAAAAAAUGGAGCGGAGAGCACGACGGGGCAUGCUCGGGGCCGAGGAGCUGGAACGAAUGUCGGCGAGGCCGGCGGCACCGGACAGGCUCAUACACGGCGACGCCAUCCAGUCCAUGGCAUUCAACCCGGAAGACGCCGGCAAGAUGGAAGAAUUGGCGCGCAAGCGAGACCGAAGCGCGACGCCGCCGGAGAAGACGCACUACGAGGCCGACAAGGAGAUCCGGACAAAGGGUGUCGGGUUCUACAAAUUCAGCAAGGACGAGGACAGCCGAACGCAGGAGAUGAAGUCCCUCGAGGAGGAGAGGCUGCGGACGGAGCGGGAGCGGCAGGCACGCGAGGACCAAAAGGAGGCACGGAGACGGGAGAUUGAAAAGCGGCGGCUGGAGAUGGGAGCGAGACGGGCCAAGCGGCAGGCGGACAACUUUCUCGAAGGGCUGUCGGGCGGCAACGGCGGUUGA